AUGCGGCUCCUACCCGGGGGCGCGCGGUCCAGCGCGGGGCGGUUACGGCCACCGAGGCCGGGGCCUCGCAGGGGGCGGACCUUCGCCUGCCCUGGCUUCCCGCCUCCGCCCGUAGAGGUCAGCGGGCACCGCUCGCGGAGUUCCUGCACCCGGACGCAGCCCUCCCCGCCCGGCCAGCCCCCUCCGCGGCAAGAUGGCGGCCCAGGAACCCGCGCCCUUCCUUACCCGGCCUUCGGCUCCCGACCGCCGCCGCGUCGCAGACCAGGCCCCACGCGGGGUCGGGCCUCGCCUUCCCCUUCAGUGGGACCCCAGGCGCCAGCCCGCUGCGGUCGGACUGGACCGGCCGCCGGGGAGGGCGGGGCGGAGGGCGGGGCCCAGGCCAGAGGCUCUCUGCGGGCUGGAGCUGCAGCGCUUCCUAUGGAGAGACGAGGUUCCUCUGGCUCCCAGCUUCUCAGCUGCCUCCUCACCCUGGUCCUCCUCCAGCAGCCCGCUCACGUGUCAGGUUCUGCCCCUUCCCAAGCCCCUCUCUUGAGCAUCCUGCGUUCUCUCAGACCCAGUUCUUUCCGCACAGGGGAUGCCAGCGAGAUCUUCCUGGCUCCGCUAGGAGGCACAGCCGAGCUGCCCUGCCCUCUCAUGCUCUGGCCUGAGACGGUGAUCAAGGAGGUGAAGUGGCAGCGGCCCUCGCACCCGCACUCCCAGGCUGUUCACGUGUUCCGGGACGGGAAGGACAGGGAUGAAGACCUGAUGCCGCAGUAUAAAGGCAGGACGGCGCUGGUGAGAGAUGCUCAAGAGGAAAGCUUCACCCUGCACAUCCGCAACGUGAGGCUUGAAGACCGAGGGCCGUACCGAUGUCAAGUCCGAGUGGGAAACAGGAGUCGAGAGGGCACGGUGACCCUGCAGGUUGCAGUUCUAGGUUCUGAUCCUUACAUCCAUGUGAAGGGCUACGACGCUGGGUGGAUCCAGCUGGUGUGCCAGUCUAUGGGAUGGUUCCCAAAGCCCUGGGCUGAGUGGAGAGACCCUAAAGGCAGAGUGCUUUUAUCCCUGUCGGAGGCCCACUCCCUGGAUACAACUGGGCUCUUCCAAACAACAGUGUCCAGCAGAGUUAGGGAUAGCACUCUAGGAAAUGUGUCCUGCACUGUCCGAAAUGAGGUUCUUGGCCAAGAGAAGACCACAGCCAUGUUGAUCGAAGCCCCGUCUCCGGGAAGGCUGUCAUCUUCAGCAGUGGCUCUUGCUGCAGUCCUGCCUGUCCUGGGACUUCUCAUUGUAGUCGGCAUUUGGUUCAUCUGGAGGCAAAGAAGAUCAAAAGAGAAGCUUCUCUAUGAACAGGCGAUGGAGGUAGAAAAUCUUCUUGAAGACCAUGCAAAAGAAAAAGGAAGACUCCACAAAGCCCUCAAGAAGCUCCGGAGUGAACUGAAGCUGAAGAGAGCGGCAGCCAAUGCAGGCUGGAGAAGAGCCCGGCUACAUUUUGAGACAGUGACCCUGGACUCAGAUACAGCACAUCCCAAACUCAUCCUGUCUGAGGACCGAAGAUGUGUGAGGCUUGGUGACAGAAAGCGGCCUGUACCCGACAAUCCGGAGAGGUUUGAUUUUGUUGUCAGCGUCCUGGGCUCUGAGCACUUCACUGCUGGCUGUCACUACUGGGAGGUGUACGUGGGAGAGAAGACCAAAUGGAUCCUCGGGGUGUGUAGUGAGUCUGUGAGCCGGAAAGGGAAGGUCACUGCCUCACCGGCCAAUGGCCACUGGCUUCUGCGACAGAGUCGUGGAAAUGAAUAUGAAGCUCUCACAUCCCCGCAGACCUCCUUCCGCCUGAAAGAGUCCCCGAAGUGUGUAGGCAUCUUCCUGGACUAUGAAGCAGGAGUCAUCUCCUUCUACAAUGUGACUGACAAGUCCCACAUCUUUACUUUCACCCACAGUUUCUCUAGUCCCCUUCGCCCUUUCUUUGAACCUUGUCUUCAUGAUGGAGGGAAAAACACAGCCCCUCUAAUCAUUUGUUCAGAACUACAGAAAUCUGAGGAACUGAUUGUCCCCAAACCAGAAGGAAAAGGCCAUGCUAAUGGAGACGUGGCCCUGAAGGUGAACCCUUCCUUACUACCCCCUCAGGACCCAGAGAUUUUCCCACUCAAGGGUAACUGGCCCUCUGACCUUAGCCCAGCCCUCCAGGGACUCAAGGCUCCUUCUUUUUAA